UUUAAAUUACCUGAAAACAAUUAAUGGAAACUAAAUGUAGUAUUUUAAAGAGGAUUGCCUUUGAAAGGAAAUAAUUUGUUCUUGAAAACAUAACUUCAAUAGCUUCUCAGUUUAACUGCAUUUUAAUAUGAAUACAAAACUCAUCCCGGGUCAGACUCUCCAGGAAAACUUUCUCAUGAUUCCUGUAGCAGUUGAUUCAUUCCUUGCUGCCUUAAUUUUGCAGCUUUAAAUGGCAGGUUCUCUGCAAAGCCAUCCACUUCAAAGCUUCAUAAAACAGAGUUUUGAAUAAAUUACUGAGUUAGAAAUUACACUGGCUGUGCCCAGCUUUGUGCCUGGAUGUGGGAAUACUUGGCACUGGGUGUGGAAUUCCAAGGAAAAUUGCCUCUUUGCUGGCUUGCCAAAGAGCAGUAAAGAAGGAAAACUGCUGCAGAUGAGCAGACAUGGAAAUCUCCAGCUUCCCUUUCCAGAGAACACAUCCUGAAGAACCGUUGAAUAUUAAUACACAUCAUAACUGGGCAAACAGUGGGAUUAACAGAAACUCCUGCUUCUGGAGGGAACAUGUCCCAGCGUGGGCAGCACUGCCUGCUGGAACUACUCUCACCUUUAAAAUGCAUCUCUGAGCCUGCAACGUGGAAUCAGUGGGAAGUGGGGAAGGCCCACCAUGUGUGGACACACCAUGUUGGGCUGUGGCAUGCCCAUGCUUCAUGAGGCCCAGCCUGUAUUAUUUUGGAUCUUUUUUUUCUCUCUUUUGCAAGCUUUAGAUAAUAUAAUACUGAUAACAAGACACUGCUAAGAAGUGACAUAGUUGCUUUGUCUUUCACAGAGAGACAGCCCCCCUUCCUCUGUAUUCAGAUUUCUGGUAUGUGUGUGUGGAGACGAUUUGUCUAUAAUUGUUUGCUUUCUUCAGAGUCUUUUGAAGUUUAAAUCUUCAAGCCGGCUCCCUAUAUUAAAAAUAAAUUCUUCCAAGCCACCAAUAAAAUGUCAGCUGUGAUUAAAGCCCGACUCCUCAUUUUAAGACGUGUCUCCUAAGCACUGUGAGGUCACUCAAUGAGUCAGCGUUUGAAAGGACCGGGACCGUUAUUGUUUGGGUAAAGCCCAAAGUUCAUCAUUGCUUGCUUAAAUGGUUUCAUCACGUUUUAAAUGGCUUUGCAUUGUGCUGAAAGAAAUGUAAACUGCAGGAACGAUUUGGCAGAGAACUUGAGAUAUUUCAGGCACCUCAAAUCUUGAAAAAACCCUCUGUAUUAAUGUCGAAGUUGGUAUUUCUGGUAAGGAAAAGCUUUAACUCCUGUGUAGUAAAGCGGAGGGUGAAGUGGGAAGCUCUGUCUGAGGCAUAAACUUUCAACUGUGUUCUCUUAAAAUAAAGCUUGGGAACUGCAAAAUCUCCAGACAAGGGCUCUUGUGCAGUGCCAAAGUCUGAUGGGGCUUUUCUAGACACAUGAACUUCAUUAAUUUUGUUCAUUAAAAUAGUGAAGAAAUAGAACAGAGGAUUAAGCUGCAAGGAAAAGCCUUGAGAAGCAAGUCCAUACUAUUUUCAGGACUAUCUGUGGAGCCCGUUUAUAUUACACGCAUUAAUUGUAACAGUCUUUAAUUACAUGAACACAUUUUAUUUUGUCACUUUUCCUCACUGUUUUCUGCAGAGCACACUGUUGGGACUAUUUGGAGGCAAUUAAUCACACCGGAGCACCAAAUAACUUGGAGCAGGACUCUGCCUGUGUCUCCAGCCUGUGUCAGUCGUGGGUCUCCCCAUUCUCUCUGCCCUUUUCCUACAUUCCUAAUUAACUCCUGCCUCAGUUCCUCACUGAUCCAUACAACCCAAAACCCUUUGUCUCAGUGCUGUCUGGAGAAUUUGGCCUUGGUUUGGAGGAGGAAUCCCGAAACAGCAGUUGAAUGUUGAAUGUCUUGCCCUCCUGCAGUGGAGGCUGGCUGGAGCAGAGGCAGGAGUUCAGGUCAUUUAGCUGCCACCACCCCCCCGCCGAAGAUGCUCAAGUGGGGGUAAUCGGAGAUUGAAACGGUAUGAAAUCUGUUGCAGAUUCUGCCACGUUUCGAGAGUUCUCCUCACACUCUCGGGCUUCCCCAUCAACCUUUGAUUUUUGUUAAGCAUCAGUUAAAUCUCCGGUGCUUCUCUCAGAGGUGGACAGGUGCAUUUGUUGAGCCCACCUUUCCCGGGCCGGCUGGGUGCUGAGCACGCCCGGUGGCGGGUCGGUGCGGGGAGCGGCGGGUCCGCCCGGGCGGCUGCGGGUGGAGCCCUGGAGCCGGGCGGGCUCCGGCUGCCGCGGGAGCGCUGCAGCUCGGCCCGGCAGCGAUUCGGGGCGCUGCUGCUGCUCCGCGCUUUCCGCGGCUGCCGCUGGGAGCCCGGCCGCUCACGGUGUUCACAUCCCUGCCCAGAUCCCCUGCGCUGGGGCUGUUCCAACCCUCUCCGUCUGCCCCGGGGCGCGGUUCACCCGCUUCGUGACGGCAAAACACGGCUUUGCGGCAUCCCGGGUACCCCUCCUCCCGGUGACCCUGCGGUGAAACCCCCCCGGGGCCGCACGCCGCUCCCCGCCGGUCACGGAACGCUCCAACGGCGAGGGCCGGGGACGGAAGCGGCUCCGCCGUGGCCGCUCAUUCCGGCGCUGCCGCUCUAGCACGGGGAGGGGGCGAAGCGCGCCCGUCCCCGGCAGCCUCACCUGCCGCUGGCCCGGGGAGGGGGCGGCCGGGCGGGUCCGCGCUGGCCGGGCCGGCGCUCCCCCGGCCGCGGUGCGGCGGGGCGGGGCGGGGGGCGGGCGCGGCGGCGCCGCUCGCUGAUUGCAGGGCGGGCGCUGCCAGUCCGCCGCCUCCCCCGCGCCAGCCGCGUCCCCGCGCCGGAGCCGCACGGCCCAGCAGCGAGCGCCCAGCCCGGCCCCGCCAGCCGCCCCCCAUGGAGGAGCAGCCCCACCACCACCAUCACCACCACCACUAUUACUACUACGGACACCACCACCACCACCACCCGCAGAGCGCUUACCUGCCGCCGCCCGACGGCCGAGCCCAGCCUAAGCCGCCGCUCCGCCACGAGCACAAGCACGGCGGCCCGCAGCACACGGAGGCGCCGAAGCGGAGACCAGGCUACGGAGAGCUAAAUGGUAACGCAGGAGAGCGAGAAGUGUCACUAAAGGGCCUGUGCUCUGAUGAAGCCACCGCCCCAGGAUCCAGGGUACCCAAUGGCAGCCAGCAGCUCGUAGAUUCUAGUGUCACCCCAAAGCAAACUGUGAAGGCCAGUGCUUUGGGGAAAGCUGGAAUCAAAACCAAGAACUUCAUUCAGAAAAAUAGCAUGGACAAAAAGAAUGAGAAGUCCUAUGAAAACAAACACAGAGAAAACCAGUCCUCAGACAAGCCAGAGGGAGUGUCUAUUCCAAACGGCGUGGUGACCAACAAUUCCAGCUAUAUCACUAAUGGCUACGUAGGCAAAGGGGCUGAUAACGAUGGUAGUGGCUCCGAGAGUGGAUAUACUACACCUAAAAAACGGAAAGGCAGGCGCAACAGUGCCAAGGGUUGUGAGAACUUGAAUCUAGUACAGGACAAAAUAAUGCAGCAGGAGGUCGGCGCACCAACCCUGAAACAGGAACUUGAGAGUUUCAAGCCUGAUUAUAGUGAACAAAAGGGGAACCGAAUUGAAAAUACUAAGCCUGUUUGGAAAUAUGAGGCUGGGGCUGGUGGAGCAGGCCGGGGAAAGCCCGGGCUUGGGGAUGUACCACGGAAAAACUCUGAUGCCAAACCUGGGAUUAGCAGCAAGAAGUUUGAUGACCGGCCCAAAGGGAAGCACGCAUCGUCGGCUACGUCUAAAGAGGACUCAUGGACCUUAUUUAAACCACCCCCAGUUUUUCCAGUGGACAAUAGCAGUGCUAAAAUUGUUCCCAAAAUUAGUUAUGCAAGUAAAGUUAAAGAAAACCUCAACAAAGCAGCUCAAACCCCAUCCACGUCGUCCUCAUCGUCUUCAUCAUCUGCUGGGGAAACUCAGGCCCAGACAUCAAGUCGACUGUCCCAAGUCCCCAUGUCUGCUAUGAAAUCUGUCACUUCUGCCAGCUUCUCCAACGGGCCGAUCCUUGCUGGGACUGAUGGAAGUGUGUAUUCCCCAGGGGCCCAGCCACUGCUCUCCUCUGCUGCUAGUACUGUACCAUCGAGCUCCUCCUCCUCCGAGUCAGUACCCCAGGACAUGAGUACAACUUCGACAGCCCUCGAACAAAAGAAAUCUGGCCUUUUUAUCUACCCUUCAAAUAUGCAAACUGUGCUCCUGGGGACAGCGCAAGUCGAUUUCCCUUCACAGACGAAUCAGCAGAACCUGGGGGAUAUCUUCCAGAAUCAGUGGGGCUUGUCUUUCAUAAACGAGCCCAGUGCUGGACCUGAAACCGUCGUGGGGAAAUCUGCGGAUAAUCAGUUAAUGGAAGUGACAUUUCAAGGGGAAUAUCCUGCCACUUUGGUUUCACAGUGUCCUGAAAUCAUUCCCUCAGGAACUGAACAACCUGUGUUUCCUAAGGCUUAUGAGCUGGAUAAACGGACUAGCCCUCAAAUUCUUAGUGCUGUUCUUAAGCCUGGGACUGCUGUUGAGGGUGGUGUCUUAGCUUUGGAGUCGCAUCACACAGGUGACCUACAAAAGGCAGACACCGGUAGCCAAGGUGCUUUAGUGUUUCUUUCAAAAGACUAUGAAGUAGAGAAUCCUCUGGCCUCUCCUACGAACAAUUUGCUAGCCUCCGCCAAAGAACAGAGGUACCAGAGAGGCCUAGAAAGGAAAGAUAGCUGGGGUUCUUUUGACCUGAGGGCUGCUAUUCUAUAUCACACUAAAGAAAUGGAAGCGGUUUGGAAUUUGCAGAAGCAAGAUCCCAAAAGGAUAAUCACUUAUGAUGAAGCCAUGGAUCGCCCGGAUCAAUGAAGGUAGCAAGACAAGACUGCCUGUUAUAACCUUUCUGCAGCAUUUGUGCUGUUCGUGGGGGACAAAAAGGCUUUUAUGCUCCUUCUAAAUCUUCAGUGCAGCAGAGGAACCAUAACUAGAAUCACAGGAUAAUAUAUACAAAUAUAUAUAUAGUUAUUUAAAAAUGGCAACUGAAAGUAAUUAGACUUCUUAAGGAAUCUGAAAAUUUAUUUCAACGAGACUACACACGUGAUUAUUUAAUCUCCGGUACUGAAUAGAUUUUUUUUUUUUUUUCAUUUUUGUUUUGUUUUGUUUUUGUUUAAAGAGUGAAUGCAAGUGAUUAAGGAAUACAGACUCAAUUACAAGCCCGGUUUCAAAGUUCCUGCUGUCGUCUGCAUGGGCAACAGCAACCCACUGGAGAGGCAUUUCCACUUGACAAGGUUUCUGUUUCUCGUUCUGUGACUGUAGUGACACACUAAUCACAGGGAAAUCAGGAUGAAUCACCAUCCUUCAUCUCCUCUUUCCCUUCCACCUCCCCUGUUUGGUUUCUUUUUUUUUUUUUUUUCUGAUUUGUUUUCCCAUUGAAUGCUGGAGAAACGCCUUGAAGUUUGCAGAGUUUCUUAUUUUUUUUCCAGAGAAUUAUAAUCCGCAUGUUUUGCCAGGAGUAAAGCAGCAAUCCUAUGCUGGUGAUAUUGUCUUAAAAGGAUCGUUCUGCUGAGGGAAAGAUGGUAAUACUGCAGUUCUAGGAUGCAUGGUGAAGUCACACAGUUGACCUGGCUCCUGUUACACGUUGGACUAUUGCAACUGAAGAGUUAUUUCAUUUUAAAAGACAACAUGGAAAAAUAAGCAAUCUGUUUAGGCAUUUAAUAUGGAGGAAAAAAAAACAAAAACAACAAAAAAAAACCAACAACCCCACUGUUCCCACAGUUUAAUGCCAUUGUAUUACUGGGAGCAAGAAAAAAAAAAGACAAAAAAAAGUAUCUUCUGCUUUCAACUGUAGGUGCUUCAUAUUUGCUCUGUCUGUCUCCUAACACUAAAUGUGCUGGAUUUUUUUCCCAUUUUCAUUGGAAAACUGAAGAGGAAUUGAGUUCUGCUAACCUUCACCCUUCUUGAAUUAUUUUUUCUCUUAAAAAAAAUUUCAAAAUAACAAAAAAAAAUGAAAAAAGUUAAAAAAAAAAAAAAAGAGAAAAAUGGGAAUUUGAAUCCUUUUCAAUUUGUCCAUAGAACGCCAAUGGCUGGGCUUCCUGCCCCUUGGAAAUGCUCUUUUAUAUUUUAAUGCAGUCUGUGUAUUUCCGGGCUCUGCUUCUAAUUAUCUCUUAAUAAAAAUAUAUUUUAUUACAAAAAAAAAAUAAAAAUGGAGGACUUAGGAAUGAAAAUAAUAAUUUAAAAAAAUGAAAAAAAAAAUAAUCCCAGGGAAAGGAAAGCUUCCUAGCAGUGGUAGGGAAGGCUGAGCAGAGUGCAGGCUCCAGCUGUGUAACCCCUCUGUCCCAUUGCAGCUUGUGUAACAUGUCCCACUCAUCUGGGGGUCAGGUAGUUUUUCUGGGUUUUUUUUAAAGGUGGAAAGUUCACAGGGUCCAGUGCAAGAGUGAGGAAUGAAUAAAGCAGAAAUGGGUUUGUUGAGCAGCCCCAGCUCCCCAUGCUCACCCCAGCGCUCAUCCUGGGUGUUGGUGGCCUAAUCCUGGCUCUCCAGAUCAGCAGCAGUUGGUGUCUCCUGAAAUGAGACUGGACCCUCUGGGGCAGUGGGAGGAAUAGAUAAAUACAAAGCUUUGGAAUACCCUUUGUGCUUAGAUCUGUCCAUCAAGCCCUUGGGCUGCUGUCCAGUCACCAGAAGGUCCCACAGGGCUCCACCCUCAGCCCAUUUCUUCAACACCUCAUUGACAACCUGGGUUCAGGACUGAAAAACAUACUGAUUCUGCUGCCACGCUAAACUGGGAGGAACUGUUGCCCCCCUCAAGGGCAGAGAGCCCUCAAACAAUUAAAGAUGGGCAAUCACCAACUGUCUAAAGUUUAACCAGGGCGAGUGCUGGAUUCUGCACCUGGGAUGGCAGCCCUGGAUCGACUGGGAGGCUGGAGAGCAGCGCCAUGGAAAGGGAGCUGGGGCCCUGGGCCAUGGCCCAUUGGAUCUGAGUCAGCAGUGCCCUGGCAGCCAGGGGGCUCAACAGUGUCCUGGGGGGCACCAGGCCCAGCGUGACCCCCCCCCUGCUCUGCUCUGCCCUGGUGCAGCCUCACCUCGAGUUCUUGGGGCAGUUCUGGGCACCACAACAUAAAAAAGACCCCUCUUAGAGAGCAUCCCAAGGAGGCCAUGAGGAUGGAGAAGGGUCUGGAGGGGAAGCCUUAUGAGAUCACUUGGUUUGUUCAGCUGGAGAAGAGGAGAAGGAGGGAAGACCUUGUUGUGGUCCUCAGCAUCCUCCCAAGGGGCAGCAGGGAGGCAGGUACCAAUCUCUUCACUCUCAUGACCAGUGACAGGGAAUAGCCUGCAGCUGAGUCAGGGGAGGGUUAGGUUGGAUAGCAGGAAAAGGUUCUUCACCCAGAGGGUGGUUGAGCACUGGAACAGGCUCCCCAAGGAAGUGGUCACAGCACCAAAUUUGUCUGAGUUCACGAAGAGUUUGGACAAUGCUUUCAGGCACAGGGUGGGAUUCUCGGGGUGUCCUGCACAGGGGCAGCAGUUGGACUCGAUCCUGGUGGGUCUCUUCCAACUCAGAAUAUUCUAUGGUUCUAUCGCUUUCUUUUUUUUUUUUUCAUUUCUUUUUUUUUUUUUUUUUUUAGUAGGAGUAUGUAGCAUGUGGGUUUUUUUAAAUUGUUUUUAUACUUUUAAUAAGAUUGUUCCUGAAUGAGACACUUGAGUUCGUGGUGGGACAAUGAAGCUGAAAUUCUGUACCUUGUGUAAGACGCUCGCUUUCUGCCCCGCUUAAACAUUUGACUAUGGAUUGCCUACUCCAUUUGAUGUAUCCAAAGCUAUAUAGUAUAAUACUGAGUGUGAUACUAUAUAGUCAUCAUGUAUUGUAUCAGUCCAGGUUCAGAAAUGUGUGGUUGGCCAGUCGCAAAUAGUUCUGUUUCACCUAUAAACUUGUACCACCUCUGCAGGUGUGUGUAACUUUGAGAUGCAUAACAUGUUUACAGAUGUGCCCGACAUCUAGUCCUCCAACGUUCCUCUUUUGAAUUCUGUCGAGUCUCCCAACUGCUUGCCAAAAGUUGGAAUUGCCUCCAGCUCCACUGCUGAAGAGCUGGGGUGUUCCUGAGCUUUAAAGUGUUGAACAAACUGGAUUAGUGGGGCUGGGAAAAUGAAGGUGGAAGAAAUGUUCUUUUUCCUUUUUUAUUAUUAUUAUUUUCAAAAAGUUGAAGGCUAAUAGCAAAGUUUCCAGUUUGUUUUACUGGCUUUAAGGCUCUGCUGUGUAUUUAUUUGCCUUGUGUAGUCACUUGUCGCCUUAAGGGCUGGGUUCCAUUAAAAAAAGAAAAGAAGAAAAAAGAAAAAAAAAAUACAAAACCACCCUGUUUUGCUUCCCUGGGGUCUGUGCUGUCCUGUACCCCUGCCCCAGGUCCGUGCUUGGGGCAGUGUAGGAGUUGAGCAGCACUAACCCUGCACCUCUAGAAGGGCCUGAGUCUUGCUGAAUAUUUGAGGACUCUCAUCUUGGCCUAGUCCAGUCUGUCACCUUUCAGGUGAAAGAAAUGCUGAGAGAAGCUCGGUUCAAGCUUGGGUUGGGCUGGAUUCCCCCUGCUGCUCAUCUCUGUGGCUUUGCCUCGCCAGCGGGACCCAUCCACAAACACCCUCGGCAGCACCUUCUCUGCUGUAUUUCUGACCACCCUCUGUUCAGAUGUCUGUCUGUCUGUCUCCAUGGGCUCCACGGCGUGUGCUCAGCGCUAAGCAGUUAGGAAUUCCUCUCUCUGAGCUCCUGUAGCUCCGGCUCCCUGGUGUUUCUGGGAUAGACUAUUGCCUAGAGCCAGGCAGGACCACGGAAGGAACUUCCUCGUGCUGUCGUGUAACUCACCCUGUCGCUGUCUGCAGUCCUCCCCAAGUCCUCACACAAUUCUUAACUGAGCACUUAUUAAAAAUAUCUUAAGAUUUAAUCUGUUUUCUGAUUAUUUUUGUGUAAACUUAUAAAAAAAAAAAGAAAAAAAAGAAAAAAAAAACAAACUGAAAUUGAGCUGUGACUAAUUUAGCACAUUGAAAUAACGAUAAGGUGUUACUGAUAAGUCUCAUGUUUUGUUUUGUUUUGUUCGACUCAGAGUAUUAGUACUGUAGCAUAAACCAAAUACAGCCUGGGAAGGGGAGCAGCAGCCUCCUGUCCUGGGUGUGCACCCGAGGGUGUCUGUGGGGGCGAGGAGCCGGCGCUGCGUGUGCGAGCAUCUGACUCGCGAGGAGAGCGAGCGUGUAUUUAUUCGUGCCAUUGUUUGCAUUACACUGAGCAAAGGAAGUUUUAAAACAAAACCCCUUCAGUAUGUCUAGUAUCGGAAAGCAGCACUGAGGGUGAGAUCACGACCUAUUUUUUUAUUAGCUAUGAAGAUACUAAUUCAGGUUAAGGCUUCUCUCUUGUUUCUGUUCCCGCUGCGAGUCCCUUUCCUCUGGUUCCCUUUCCGAGCUGUGUGUUUAUUGGAGGGAGGAUUCCUGCACAGGCAGGGGCUGUCUCCUUUCUCCUCUGGUCAUUCCCCACCUCUCCUCCUCUGCCAGCAGGUUCCUUUGGGUGUGUCUUGUACAGGGUCUUGUGUAAUAGAGACUGGAGCAUCCCAGCAGAUCCAGCUUGGGAUCCGCUUGCUUUUGGUGGAUCAUGGGGUGUUCGUGUGCUCCAAGAGGUGCUUGAACAACUGCUCCAUGACAGUGGUUUGGGGCCUUCAGUCUCUUUUCUCUCCCACUCCACCCAUCUGGUGGAUUGGCAAAGCAAUGGCUUUCAAGCUUUGCUUGGAGUUUGGGUUUAGUUUAAACCCACCUCGAUCCUCCUUGAAACCUGGUGGAAAUCUCCUGUCUCUUUGACCAGUGGGUACCUCCAGGGUAUGGAGUCUGUCACUAACCCACUUCAAACCUUUCUGAGCUAGUAAAUCCCACUCUUUGCCUUUCAUAGCUGCCGUGAACUUCUUUGAAAUGUGGAAAGAAACCCAAUUCUCACUAGGCUGUGAGUCCAGCACCUGGGAGUGGGUGAUGGGUGAGCCAGCUAGCUAAAUGGAAAGGAAAAUUGCUUCCUGCUAGGAAAAAAAUAGGAAAAAAAGAGAGCUGGAAGUUGUGCUCCCAGUUGUGUGUGUAAUUAGUGCUUUCACCUUCAAGAGAGUGUUACAAUAACACCAUAGUGUCCUUUCCCAAGUGGCCAGUGGGUGACCUCAGGGACAUCUGGGAGUGAUGGCAUUCACAGCCAGAGCUGCCGGUAGUUUUCCUGUGUGUCCAGGUUUUGAUCUUGAUUCAGUAAAUUGCUAUGGUGUCCCAAGCUUUCAGCAGUCUUACCCUCUCAUCCCUAGAAGACUUUCUGUCCGUCCAUCCGUGGUGAUUUGUAUUUCUUAGAGAGGCUGUUUACAAGGGAGCUGGUUGAGGUCGGGAGGGGAGAGAACAAGGAUUCACCCACUUCAAAGCUGCUGCACUUUUUCACACCGGUGUGUAAGGCAGGGGAAGGGCUGGUUUGGUGGAAUAGCCAAGAAAGCUGGAGUAAUUCUGGCUUUGGCCACCACCAGAGUGUUUUUCCAUGUGGGAAAACCCUAGUGCACACAGCUGGGAAGCAGGAACCAGGGCUGGUGGGAAGCAAAUCUCAAUGUGCUGCCUUCCAGGGAUUACAGAGCUUUAGAGGUUUGCCCAGUACAAACCCCAGGGUCAGGCUGGCUCCUCUGUCCUGCCCAAGAUCCUCUAAAGCAACAGGAGAGAGGAGCUGUGGAUGUCUGGGGAGGUGAAAGAGCCCUGUGGUGGCCUCAUGUCCUGGGCAUGAGCCCACUCCCUGUGCUGGGGCUGGAGCUGGAGUCCUGCCUGUGCCCUCACCAGGGGAUGCUGAGCUGGAUUUAUCUUGACUGUUAAUCAGAAAGCUUCGUAUAACGUGUCCAGAGCUCUAAAGCCAUUUUGUAAGAUAGCAGUGUCCCUUUUCUACAGCCUUAUUAAUGAGUAGAAGAUCUUUAAAAAGAAGAAAAUAAACAAACAAACAAAUAAAAAAGGAAUCGCUCAUUUCUUUCUGUGGUAUGAAACUUGUGUACUGCGAACUUCUGAACAUUUAGCAAAAAUACAACUUACAGUUUUCUUAAAAAAAAAAAAAAAAGAAAAACCAACAAAAAAAAUCCCCAGCCUGUCUGCUUUCCAUACGGUCUUUCCUCAGGUGCUAAAUAAGGGUUCCAAAAAUGGAUACUGCUUUAGGAGUUUCUGCUUUAUUCUUAAAAUACAUAUUUUUUUGCUUAGGUGUUGUAAAGAUAUUUUAACAAGAAUUUUUUUUUUUAAUGUAAAUAAGAUUGUGUCUUUAAUUUUUGUUUUAUCUCCUUUUUGUCCAUAUUGAAUAGUCUAAUUUUCAUUUUUGAGAAGGACCCUCUUAUGCCCUUCCCCGAAGACAUUUCAUUAAGUGUUGCUGCAUUUAAGAACGAAUCUACAACUGUUCAUUGUCUUGGAUUAAUGCUGAUGCUGCUGCUAUAAGUAACCCUGAAAAUCAAGAAUGUGUGAUGCACUUUUGUUUCUCGUUUUUGUUGUUUUGUUUUUUUAACAUGACCAUGUAGUUCCUCUGCAGAUAGCUGAACCCUCCUGUAACACAGCCACUAACUGGGGGAGUGUAGGAGCUGGGGGAGCUGGGGUGUAGGACAGGGGUGGACCUGAUUUUGGUGCUGACCUAUGGGAAUUUCUAUGCAAACGCAAGCAAAGGAGAGCUCUUUAACUUGAGAGAACACUGUGCUUUUUUAUUUUUUAUGAUUUCUUUUUCUUUUUCUCUCCUUCCUUUUCUCAAGCUGCUAUUGGAAGGGUAGUGCAAAUCCCUGAGGUUUUCAACUUCUCCUUCCUCCAUGGCUGGUGGUGCAGGAAAGGUGCCUGAGUAACUUGUAAGGUAGAAAAACCUCAGUCAGCUCUUGUCCCGUCUCUGGUUUUAAUAUAUUUGUUUUCUAUUUGAAUUUAUCUAUAGAAGGAAAUUGCUCAUCUCUACUAAAAGAUCUUUUGAAUGCUUUGUCUCAAUGUGAAGUUAACCAGCAGUAUUAAGGAUUGUGUGGCCUCCGUCCUGCCCUUAUCCCAGUGCUGGGAACCCACCUUCUCCACCUGGGGAGCACUCGGUGCCUGGGCUUGGAUGUUCUCCAAGAAAAAAGUGAGGUGAAGCCAUCCACCCAGCCCAAACCUGCCAGUUAAAGGCUUAGGGAGCAGUGGAGGGAGGUCUCACUGCAUCGAGGCGCUGCCGUGAGGCACAGGCAGGUCCAGAACCUCUUCUCUUCAUGGUCACACCUGGACCACGGUGGGGGAUGUGUACCCUGGAGGAGGAGUUUACUGGAGGGGAAAAAGGGAUUUUACUUGACUAUUUAUAGAAGAUCCUUUAGGAAUAUAAAGUACCUCUCUGCAAAGUGGGGGAAGAGUAAGGAAGGUCUAAAGUCGUGUAGGAAAAACACUUGGGGAUUACAACUGCCUGGAAAAUAGUCUACAAGUACAUAGGCCAGAGCUUUCUGCCUGUUUAGUUUGUUUUUUCAGCAUCAAUUUAUUUCUUUUUCAGACAGCGUUUGCUCUUUUGCACACCGAGGUGUGUGUGUACAUCUGACUCAAUGUGCCUUGCAUGUGUGCUUAGUCUUUCUGGAGAGAGGUGGUGGGGUGUGAGCUGGGGACGUGGCCACGAGAGCCACUCCCCAUCCACAGGGUUCCUUAGUGUCCCAGUGACCCUUGGGAUCAAAAUGAGACCUGGACUCCAGCCUGUGUAGUGGCUGUCUUCGUUUGGGGAUGAUGUCCUGUGCAGUGGCACCUGUGACUUUGGAGGGGAGUGGGAGGGAGAGAAGGAAAAGCUGCUUCGCUCUUCUGCGGACAAAAAAUCAGCAUUGCCACGGUUCACCUGCAGAGCCAAAACAAGCCGAGGGCUGGAACCGGCUUUGCUGGAGCUCAGGCUCUCUGUGGCACCGUGAUCCCAUUAGCCAGGGGAUUUAUUCCCUGCCAGGUUGUGGUUCUUGUUUCUGUAGGGUUUACAAGAUUUUUUUGUAAAGGAGAAGUCAACACGCCUUGCGUGAAGUUAACGAAAUCCAAACGCUUGUGUUUGCAGUCAGUGACUCAGAACUCCAAGCUGUGCAAUUCUGGGUUCUCCAUCUCCCGCCCCAGCGUGUGAUGAUUCUGUCCGAGUCUUUCUGUACUUCUGCCGCAGUAAAUGUGAAAGCUUGCUUGCAUUAUUUUUUAGAAAUGCAUUUUGCACACUCGGGUUUCGCUGAAGCUCCGUGAAAAGGUUAGUUUGAAGCAGAUGAAUAAAGCUAUGCACAUGUUUUGAAAGUUUAAUUUGUGUCUCAUUACCAGAAGUGACUUAUCUGCCCUCUUUUGCAUUCCUGUGCUGUCAUUGCCUCCAUUCUCUUCACCAUCUUGGAGGGUAUGAUGUAAGGUGACAGUUCUUUGCUGACAGCUGUAGCAGAAAACUGGCGCUUCUUGAUUUUUUUAGUAGCCUUUCUCUCUCCUUUGCUUUCUCUGUAUCUCUCUGUAUAGCUAUAUAAAUAUAUAUAUUAUUUUUUUAUUUUAAAGAGCCUACUUUAGUAAUUGAAUCGGAGGGAGCGGGGUGUGCUGGCUUGUGUUUCAGAUAAGCUUUGUGCUGUCGGAUGAACCAGUGCCCUUUUUGCCGCCGGGGAGAGCGUGCUGGUGGCACCCACCCGUGUCCCCGUGGGGACAGGGAAGCCCCCACACAAAGCAGCUUUGGGGAGGGGAUGGAGACCAGUCCACUGCGCUGCAGGCCGGUGGCGUGGGCAAACUCGAGGCUUCUAAUGACAAAAUGUACCAAGAGGAAUCCUACUGCUUUGUAUUCCCACUGUGAGGCAGGAGGGACAGGGUUCCUCACUAUCCCGCUGCGGGGCUGGAGUGGGGACUGGGUUCCCUCCAGCCUCAGGGGUGAGAGCUUUAUUUUGGUCUUGUUUUCAUGCGUUUAGGUGCAUUGGGUUGCAGGUACCACCUUUGGAAACAUGUUGCUUAGCCCAGAGCCUGUGUGCGGGAGAGUCGGGAUGUUGUGACGGGAGAAGGACCCUGACAGCUUUCUCCUCCUGUUCCCUUCGCCAUGGCAGAAAUUUGUACUAACUUGACAGCUUUUUUUCAUACAGAACAGGGCUGCUUUUCUAUCUACCAUCACACGUGUACUUACACACCUUCAGCGGCUCCCCAGCCUCUGAAGGUCCUCGACUUGUUUACUGGGGGGACUGAUGCCCCUCUCUCCCCCUUCCCUGAAUAUUUCAGUGUUAAGGGCGGUGCAAAACACAACCGCGAGCUGGGGCUGGAGGGAUCCCUGCAGGCAGAGCCGGGCAGGGUCUGUCUCCUCUCCCGCCCCCCUUCCCCGUCGAUAAGUUCUCAUUUUGUUCCUGGUUUGUAUUCAAAUCGCUGCGAGGGGUUGUGCUCUACCUGCUCAGGAGCUGAAUUACCUCUGACCUGCGGAGAGGGGCAGCCCCUCUUUGGUGUCGGUGUUGUAGUGUGCGACCACACGGAUCAGUAAAGGUAGUCUUUGUUUCCUUCUCCCCUCCCCGGUAAUUUCCGAUUAGGUUAAUGCACUCGGUGUGCCCAGCUGGAAAAGCGUCGGCGUUUUCCCAGUGGUGAGAGGGUGGCUAGAGGAGUUUAGUGUAAAACCUGCUGUAGCUGUGUCUGGCGCAGCCCCUUGCGCUGGUGUGGGUGAUGUCACGGACUGUAAGGAUAGGUAAUGUCCAUGAGCUGUAAUGGCAUGAUGUAUCUUUACCAAUGAUGUCAUACUUCACACUAAAUGUUUAAAAAAAAGAAAAAAAAAAGAAAAAAAAAAAAAACCUUACCUGAAAUUUUGUUUAUUCUGCACCAACAGGUCUUCAAAAUUUAUCCAAAUUUUAUUAUUUUAUCAGGAAAAAAAAAGAAAUUUGUGUAGAUCGAAUACGUUAAGACAGACAAUAAGUGAUGUAAAUUGUUGAAUAAAAAUUUUAAAGUUU